AUGUCCGACAUCAAACAAACAACGAGUGUCCACUCGGCACUAUUCUCCGGCGCCGGUGCCGACGCUCGCCUAGCCUCUAUGGGCUACGAUCCAGAACUCAAACGAAACCUCAGCAUGUUCACCAUCCUCGGUCUCAGCUUCUCCAUCAUCGCAGCACCUUUCGGUCUCAGUACCGCCUUCUCCAUCGCCCUCGCCUGUGGUGGACCCGUUACCAUCCUCUACGGCUGGCUCUUUGUUUCACUCAUCUCUCUCUGCAUGGCUGCAUCUCUCGCAGAGCUGUGUUCCAUGUAUCCCACCUCUGGCGGUGUUUAUGUUUGGUCUGCCUUUGUUGCAACCAAAAAGUGGGCACCUUUGACGUCCUGGAUCGUAGGCUGGGUCAGUUUGGUUGCCAACUGGACAUUGUGUUUGUCGAUCAACUUUGGAGGCGCUCAGCUGAUCAUGGCUGCCAUCUCGCAGUUUAGGAAUAACCAGUGGACUCCCCAGGCUUGGCAGACGAUUUUGACCUUUUGGGCUUGCAUGCUGAUCGCUGCGAUUGUCAAUGCUUAUGGUGUCAAGUUCGACUAUUUGGAUCGGCUCAACACGCUCUCCUUCUACUGGACCGCGGCGGGGACGCUGAUUAUUGCGAUUACCAUUUUGGUUAGGGCAAAGGAUGGAAGGAAAGAUGCCGAGUUCGUGUUUGCUGGAUGGGAGAACACUUCUGGAUGGCCUGACGGUUGGGCUUUCUUUGUCGGUCUUCUUCAAGCUGCCUACACUCUUACGGGUUAUGGUACGGUAGCUGCGCUAUGUGAAGAAGUAGCAGAACCGGAGAAGCAAGUUCCCAAAGCCAUCGUCUGGUCCGUCGUUGCAGCUAGCAUCACUGGAUUUGUCUAUCUCAUCCCCGUCCUCUUCGUUCUCACCCCCGACACAGCCGAUCUCUUGACCACAGCAGCAGGACAACCCAUCCCAGUCCUCUUCUCCCUCGCCACCGGUUCAGCAGGCGGUGGAUUCGGUCUCCUAUUCAUCAUCCUCGGCGUUUUCACUUUUGCCGGAAUCGGAUCUCUCACCGUCGCACUCCGUUGCACCUGGGCUUUCGCCCGAGACGGAGCCAUCCCCGGAAGCAAAUACUGGUCCAAAGUCAACAAAUCCCUCGACCUACCCCUCAACGCUCUCAUCCUGUCCACCAUCGUAGUCUCCCUCCUCGGCUUGAUCUACCUUGGCAACACCGCCGCCUUCUCCGCUUUCACCGGCGUCGCAACCAUCUGUCUCGGCAUCAGCUACGGUAUCCCCAUCGCCGUUGCUAUGUUCCGCAAGCGGAUUAUGCUCAAAGAUGCUCCCUGGAAUCUGGGCAAAUUCGGAUAUGUGAUUAAUAUGAUCACCUUUGUAUGGAUCGUGUUGGCAACGGUACUGUUCUGUAUGCCGACAACCAAGCAAGUGGAGGCGAGUACGAUGAAUUAUGCUUCGGUGGUGUUUACCUUCUUCUUUGUGCUCAGUGCAGGCUGGUGGUUUGUUUGGGGGAAUAAGCAUUAUGUGGGUCCGUUGGGAGCGGCACCGGAAGAAGCGGUGGCUCAAAUUAAACCGCAUACGCAUACUCCUGUUCAUGCGCAAGCGUUGACCGCGGGUGAGAAGGCAACGGUGGAGGUUGCUAGUCAUAAUUCCGAGGAGAAAGAGACUUCGCAUCAUGUGUAA